AAAAUGCCGAUCCCGCCGUCCCACGUGGCAGGCAUGAAAAUCAACCGAAGCUGGCCUUUUCGGUUUCCCCUUCCUCGGAGGAUAUGCAAGUGACGGAGCUUGAGGGUUGAGAGAGAGAGGAAGAGACGACGACAAUGGGAGACGAGAAGGUGAAAGAUGAAGCUUUGAAGAUACUGGGUCUCUUCCAAGUUCUUCCUCGACUGGUUGUCUUUGAUCUUGAUUACACUUUAUGGCCUUUCUACUGUGAAUGCCGCUCCAAACGUGAGAUGCCAUCUCUAUAUCCACAUGCUAAAGGUAUAAUGUAUGCACUUAAGGAUAAGGGAGUUGACAUAGCGAUUGCUUCUAGAUCACCAACAUCUGAUAUAGCAAAGACAUUUAUUGACAAAUUGGGGAUCCAGUCCAUGUUUGUGGCCCAGGAGAUCUUCUCUAGCUGGACCCAUAAGACGGAGCAUUUUCAAAAAAUCCAUAGGAGGACAGGGGUGCCAUUUAAUUCAAUGCUUUUUUUUGACGAUGAGGACAGGAACAUUGAUACGGUUUCAAAAAUGGGAGUGACUAGCAUUUUGGUGGGCAAUGGGGUUAACCUGGGAGCUUUGAGGCAGGGGCUUACUGAGUUCACACAAAAUUCAGCAUCAUCUGGCAGGAACAAGCAAAAGUGAUUCUUGUUGAUUUUUUAACCACAAGUUUGUGGAAAUGUGUCCAGUGGGAUCUGGGAAUUACUGUUAUAAUUUUUCAAUUCAUGGUUCAUCUAACUAAAAGGGAAUGAUAUUGGGAGAAUUUGGUGUGAAUUAUUUUAUUUGUGAUGCUACAAGUCACUGGUUGUCAUUAAAUCUGGCAGUUGUAAAACUUUAUUGAUCAGAUGAAUCAUAUACGAUUGGUCAAUGAUUCAUUGAACA